GUGGUGAACAACGAUAGUGGUGUCCUGUAUAACGUGAAAGCAAAGUAAUUUUUUCACUACAGAAUUUUAUAUAUGAGAGGAGGCCUUCGGCUUUCUUCGAAAUAGUAUUUAAAACCUAAUCGAAUGCAUGAUUGGGACUGCAAUGAAAAUGAGUAUGCCCAAAUCAACAGUCUUGAAAGCAUUUUGAAUAUGAUCUCAUUGAUUGUUGGAAAGUGUGAAUAUCAAGCUUUCAGGAAUUCUUCGCUUAUCGUCAUAAGUUCUCAGCUGAAGAUUUUCUUCUUUUGUAUUUUGAAUGUGUUGCAUUCUUAACAAGUAGGUAGUAUGUUAUUACCGAUAAUACGACCAACAGUAGUCUAUUCACAAUCACAACGUCAACAACCACAAUAACAAAGGACCCGGAUACGAAAUAAGACAGUAACAGUUCAUCAACAGUGGAAGAACAGUGGUUAAUAGAUUUGUAUAUACACUGUAUUUUAUUACCUUGCCAUCAAUAAUAUCGAUGAUAAGCUGAAAGGGUUAACAACGAGUCACAACCAAUACUUUGUGAAGAGUGAGAAUACAGGCAAUCCACGAAAAGAGCGAAAUAAAAUAAAUAAACUUCGGCGGCCUGCUUAAAUCUUGGGCUACCAAAAUUUCCAUCCUACAUAUUGCAUCUAUUUCCUCGGAUUUAUUUUGUUUUAAUCAUUCAAUUAUGUAUCCAAGUCGCAUUACUUACUCUCGCGAUUAUUUAAAAUGUCUUCAACCCGUUGAUUUACGAGUAUAUAAUAACGUUAAGAAAAAUCAUCAUGGAGGUUGGCAGAGAUCAUUAAAGUGUACUCCAAUGCAUCAGAUGACUGUUCCUGUGAUUAUGAGCACAAAUUGCAGGUCAUUAUCGAACAAGAUUAACUACUUGCAUUCUCUAUUAUACUCAAAUGUAUAUUGUAAUACUGGUGUAAUCACUCUUCAAGAGACUUGGCUCCAUGAUUCAUAUGACGACAAUUUAGUCUCCUUAAGUGGGUUCACAAUCUACAGACAAGACCGAUGCAGCUCGAAGAAGAAGAGAGGUGGUGGUGUUGCCACUUUUAUUAAUUCUCACUGGUCUACUGCCAACAACGUCUGCUUCAAAUUCUCAAAUGACAAUAUUGACUGUAUAACUGUAAAAUGUCGACCUAAACACUUACUUAAGUACAACUCCAUUUUUGUCACAAAUAUCUAUAUCACACCUUGUUGCAGUCCCUCAGAACUAUCUAUCUUCGCUGAUGAAUUCACUAUUUUUGCUGCUGCUUCGUUUGGUAACUCCUUAUCUAUAGUGACCGGCGACUUCAACUCCAGCGACUGCAGUUUUAUUACAUUGCUGGGCCAUGCAAAUGUUGUUAAUUUCCCAACUCGACAAAAUACUUCACUUGAUUUAGUAUUUGUAAAUGAUUCUGGAAUAUACGAAGCUCGUAAAAGAGCCCCGCUCUUCAAUUCUGAUCAUUGUAUUGUACGAGUCUUACCCAAAAUUUACGGAAAGUUACACAGUAAAGCCCUCUCAAACUUGUCUAAGAAAGUUGUUCACAGAUGCUACUCAAAUGAGAACGUACAUCAUCUUAGAAACAUGCUCAGUGACACAAGAUGGGAUUUGUUUAAUGUUGAUUCACUUAAUGACAAUAUCUCUAAUAUUACAUCCUAUCUGAAAUUCUGUUUUGAAAUCUGUUGUCCAAAAGAAACACUAUUCGUCAAAUUUGACCGUUUCUCCUCCCCUCAACUUAAAAAGCUUCGUAGAGAGAAGGAAAAACUGUAUAAGAUGAAAAAUAAAAGUGGUGUAAAAAGAACUAACUUCUUAAUUAAGUCUGAAAUGCAGAGGUUGAAUGUAAUAUAUAACCAGAAAUUCAUGUCCUGCAAAAAUCCUUCUAAUAUGUGGAAACUAUUUAAGGAAAUCACUGGUGGUAAGCAGAUAAACAAUAUUCCAUAUUCUUUUGAUGUAUGUACUCUUAACAAAUCUUUUAUUUACUCUCCCUCAAAUGCCAUGCUUCCCAGCAUCACUUGUGUUAAUAAUAGCCCCUUUCCAGGUUUUAACACAAAUGAUGUUCAAAAGUGCCUCAAGUCUCUAAACCCUUCCCAGAGCUUAGGUCCCGAUUAUGUACCUAGUAUUAUUUUUAAAAAAUGUUCUGAUAUUCUGUGUCACCCUCUUACUGAUCUAUUUAACAAAUCUUUUUCCGAUAAUAUUGUGCCUGCCGUUUGGAAGGACAUUAAAGUUGUACCCAUACCUAAAUCUUCUACUGGAGCAUGUGUCAAAUUUAGACCCAUUGCUAUUACGUCUCCUUUUUUGAAAACUAUGGAGAAAUUACUUUUACUUAGUCUUGAACCUUCGCUUAAAUCCUUUAAUGACCCUAAACAAUUUGCAUAUAAGCACAGUAGAAGCACUUUAGAUGCAGCUGCCGUCUUAUAUCAUAACAUUGCUUCCAGUCUAGACAAGGGGGCUAAAUUUGUUCGUUGCGCCUUCCUAGACUAUACAUCUGCUUUCGACUCGGUCCCUAGGGACAUCUUAUUAAAUAAACUUGCUGCUAGUCAAACAGAAUGUUGGGCUGUUAACUGGUUGCAUUCCUAUUUCUCAGAUAGAAAGCAGUACACCGUAUAUAAAGGGAAGUCUUCCACUUCAUUGCCUACUGAAGCUGGUGUCCCUCAAGGCGCUGUUCUUUCUCCUUUUCUUUUUUCUUUCUUCUUGCAUGACUUGCCUCACUCUGAUGAAAUAAACUUUGUGAAGUACGCUGAUGAUUUAACGGUUUCAAUGGUUGCUAACUCCCAGCUAGAUUGUACCAAAAUAAAUAGCUUUCUAUCGGAAGUCAGCAAAUGGUCUGAGUCUAACGGUCUUAAACUGAAUCCUUCUAAGUGUCAAACUGUUGAUUUCAGCUUAAGAUGUAAAAGACAGUUAAAAGAAGUCAUCGAUUCUCAUGACAGUUGUAAAAUUGACGACAAUGAUAUAGGAAUCAAAUCAGAAAUUAAGUAUCUUGGACUCAUUCUUUCUUCUGAUCUCUCCUGGUCUUCCCAUGUCUUAGCAAUCUCCAGUAAAAUAUUCCGCUUGACAUUUUACAUUAAGAAGUUAAGACACUCGGGUAUAACUCAACCCCUCAUCCUACAGUUCGUAAACUCUUGCAUCCUACCUAUUCUUCUUUAUUGCUCACCCUUAUUCUUUCCUGGUUUGCUUAAAAAAGACUAUGUCACAAUUCGUAGAAUACUGAAGACUGUCAGUAGAGUGAGUGGUGUCCCAGUGGACCACAUAGUUAACGUCGUUGUCGAUAGGUAUUUGACUUCGUGCAAUAAAUUUGCUAAAGGGAUUUUGUCUGACUUGGAGCAUCCGCUUUACCCUCAGCUUUCACCUUGCAUCUCCUCAGGUAGAACAAGGAGUAACUUCAGAAAACUGUAUGCUCGCACGUCUAAGUAUAAGAAGUCUAUGAUACCAUACUUGGCAUGUAUUUUAUGUGAUGAAAAUAGUGUCAGGCAAGAAUUAACUAACCUUUUUCCUCUAGUAAAUAAACAAUUUCCUCCAUCCAUCCUUACAUACCUUCAAGUUUUACUUUUAUUACUUCUAUUAUAUUUAUGGUCCUGUUACUUCUCUGUUUUACUCUCAUAAUUGCAAACACCAACUUAUCUCCAUGACGGCUGUAAUCUUUGUUUUUUCCUUCACCAUAUCAUGUAGAAAGAACAUUAUAUUCAAUAUUUUUAAACAUGUUAGGAUUUCUAUACCACAUUGACAAUACUGUGUGGCACAAGCCAACGGCAAUUUUCACUUGUAUUCUUAUUAUUAUUACCCUAGCUGUUAUCAUUAUUAUUGCUAUUUCCAUUUUAUAUGCUGCAUGUUUUUGACACUACCUCUAUUGUAAAUGUGGAAAAUUUUCUGUGUGAUUAAUUUUAUUUAUAAUUUGAGGAAAUUAAAUGCAAUAUUGUGAUUAAUGCUGAAAAUUCCAUUCUGUAUCACAAGUACUGUUUUUGGAAUAAAGUAAAUCAUUAUUAUUAUUACUUGAUUACUUUUCACUAGUAUGAUAACUCUCUGUUCAUAUCGCCUUAAUUUUCUAAUUUUACUUUCACUAUCGUCACUUCUUAUCAUUUCUCAAAUUCGCAUUCAGCUUAUCCCAUUCAACUGUUUAUUUAUUUUUGUAGUGUUCGUGCUGCCUCUCACGCCACUGAGUAAAAUGAACUCUCUAAAACCCAUUCUUUCGUUGAAUAUGAACACAUAAACACUUCACUCAGCCAGCUUAACUCAUUCAUCCCACGUUCACACUUGACUACAUAUUUUAUAUAUCUUUUAACUGUAUUCAAAAUUAACGGACUGUCAUUACAUCUUGUGCGUUAACCACACUACAACUUCCCAAAUAAUUUUAAUUCACUUUUAAUGAUUACUGUAUGUUAUCAGCAAGGGAUUUAUGACAGCAGAGCUUGAUGAAAUUACAGAUAACAGUUAUUUGCUGUGAUUAUUAUUUUCCUAAAUAGUUUAUGGAAAUAUUGAAGCCUCUGGAAAUCUACCAUUAUGUAAGCUGAUUGGGUGAUCGCAGUAUGAAGUACUUUUUAAUCGUUUUAACUGUUCAUUUCAUAAAAAAUGAAAAUAUAUUGCAAACAUGAGAUCUGUUUUCUUUUAAUACUGUCAUCUUUCCAUAUAAUAUGUAAGUUGUGAAUGUAAAGAAAGUGGUGCAAAAACUAAUAAUAAUAAUGUUUCUAUUCAUAUUUGUAAGAAAAUAAAAUCCUUGAGAAUCAUAGGACUUGGGCAGAACAAAGGAUAUAAAUUAUCCUAAAUUAUGUCUGUUCCUCAGAUGCGUUUGUUUGCAGUUAAUUAAGCUCUCCACGAACUUUUAGACCUUCUCCAUCCAUAUGCAAUCUCUCUUUCGUAAUUACGUAGUUCUAAACUGGUGAUGAAUGAGGUUUCUAUGAUUCCCAGUACUACAAACCAUUCGCC